UUGAGAUAUUUCAUUUUGUGUUUUUUUAAAAUGGAUAUGAGAAUUUUAUUUUUGGAAAAUGGAAAGUGUUUUUUUGGAGGGAGGGAGUAUAUUUUAUAGCUGCUGCAACUGAUGAUUGCAGACAUAUGAUGACAAUAAUCAUGGCAUGAUUGUUGGAGAACAUGCAUUAUCGAGACAGUGACCUUGAAAUUAGCACAGUAAGGACGAAGGAAGUCACCAAUAAACCGUAGGUAUCUUCCACCUUCUUUCUUGGAAGUUGCCAAGAGACACCUUAACAUGGAGGCACCUUCUUGGAAAGAGCUCUCCAACAAAUAGGUGUGGGAGAAGAUAUGGAGAUAACUAGGAAGCUUGGAUGCAACUUCCUCAUGUCUCCAAACCAGCCCUAUAAAUAGAGUGCUCCAUUGUUGUUCAUAGUAUCAGUUUAGAAAGUGAGAAAAGUGUGUGAAGAGUGAAAUACACUUAGUGUAGAAGUGUAUUGGUGAGGAUUGGUUUUUUUGUAACAGUUGAGUGUGAGAGUUUGCUCCUCCUAUUGUAAUUCUGUUCUUGAUAUUGAAUAGAAGAAUUUUCCAAUCCCAACAAGUGGUAUCAGAGCGAGGUUGAGUUUCCAUACACUGUUUUCUCAUUUUCAGAUAAAUUUCUACAGGUUAGAAAAUCGUGAUUUUUCAAGUUAAUCGGAAUCAGGAUCUCAUCAUACCGUUAGAUUCGUCUCGGCGAGACGAGAAAUCUGGUAUUUUUGGGGAUUUUUUUGGCCACCGGAAGAGGCCGUACGCGCCGCCGGAAAACUGCCUGCAUCAUCACUGCGUCAUCACGCAGUCCAGAGGAAGAAGACGAUCCACGUCAGCUGCCACGUCAUCGCCACGUUGGACCACGUCAGCGACACGUGGUGCCGAGUCAUCCGCCACGUCAUCCACCCGAGCCGUCCACUGUGAGCCACGUCAGACGCACGUGGCUACACGUCAUCGCCACGUCAGCGAGGGAGCAGAGCCACGUCAUUCGCCUGCUGGGCUGCAGGCUGGGCUGCUGCCUGAACCGGACCGAACCGGUUCGUGCUUUUGGAGGCCGGUUCACCCGUUUCCAGACCAGUUUUGGACGAGGUCAGACCGGUUCUUACCAUUUUCGGCCAUUCCGGAUCCAACGGUGAGCUCCGUUUGUCCAAAUUCGGCUUCUAAAAUAAGGUACGAGAUAUAUAGAGCGUUUUAUUAUGGAUAAAUCAUCGUCGGACACCAUGAUUGCGCUCACAUCCACAAACUACAAUAUGUGGAAGCCUCGGAUUGAGGAUUUGCUAAAUUUGAGGGAUUUAGCGGAUCCUCUUGAUAAUAAUGGUGUGAAACCGGAUAAAAAGACGGAUGAAGAAUGGACAAAAAUGAAUCGAAAAACUGUCGCACAAAUUCGACAAUGGAUAGAUCAUAGUGUGUUCCACCAUGUUGCUCAAGAACAAAGUGCUUACACACUAUGGGAGAAGCUUGGUAGCAUGUAUCAAGCAAAAACCGCCCGAAAUAAGACGUUACUAAUGAGGAGAUUAGUAAACCACAAAUUACGUAGGGGUAUUUCGGUGUCAGAACACACCAGUCAAUUCCAGGAUCUUGUGAAUCAGUUGAGCACCACCGGAUGGGUUCUCAAAGAUGAAGAGCACGCGAUACUACUCUUGAGCUCUCUACCUGACAGCUGGGAGACUCUUGUUGUCACUCUCAGUAAUUCUGCUCCAAAUGGGAAGGUGACUAUGCAGAUGGUCACAGAUGCCCUGAUGAAUGAAGAAGCCCGAAGGAAGGAAGCCGGGACGGAACAAUCAUAUGUCCUCAUAUCAGAAACUAACAGACGAGGGGGAGGCAGAAAUGGAGGAAGAAGUCGAGGUCGAGGUAGAGGUCAAGGUCAAAGUAGAGGAAAUUCUCAAGUUCGCGGAAGAUCACAAGAGAGAGGUAUGUCCUUAGAAAACAAUACUUGGUUCGAAGGAUAUUGCAAUUACUGUAGUAAUUAUGGACAUAGGAAAAGAGAUUGUAGAAAGUUUCUACGAGAGAAGCCACAGACGAGUCAAAAUACUAGCCAAGAAGAUGGUGAGACCAUGGUUAGUUUGUCAUCAGACGUGUGUCUUGUUACACAUGGUGAACAAGAAUGUUUACACGUAGGCACUCAUGAUGUUGAGUGGGUGAUUGAUACAGCCGCAUCAUUUCACGCCACUCCACACUAGAACUUAUUCACAACUUAUAAGUCCGGAGACUUUGGAGCUGUGAAGAUGGGAGACACCAGUUUCUCGAAGAUUGUUGGCAUUGGUGAUGUGCACAUAAUAACAAAUGUCGGAUGCGCACUUGUGUUGAAAGAUGUUCGACACGUUCCAGAUCUUAGAUUGAAUCUUAUCUCCGGUACAACUCUGGAUCAACAAGGAUAUCUUAACCGAUUCAAAGAAGGUACAUGGAAGCUAUCUAAAGGUUCCUUGGUUGUUGCAAGAGGCCAUAUUUGUGGCACUCUUUAUAAAACUCAUGCAAAGUUGUGUCAUACGAGUCUCAAUGCUGUUGAAGAAGAGAUAUCACCAAACUUGUGGCACCGGAGGUUAGGUCACUUGAGCGUGAAGGGAUUGACAACUCUUGCAAAGAAGGAAGUCAUUUCCAUGGGCAAAGGUGUUGCCCUAGAUUCAUGCGAGCACUGUCUAUUUGGGAAACAACACAAGGUUUCCUUCAGUUCUACCAAGAAGAAUCAUACAGAGUUACUCAGUCUUGUCCACUCUGAUGUAUGUGGACCCAUUGAAGAGGAGUCACUUGGAGGAAGCAGAUACUUCGUGACAUUCAUUGAUGAUGCAUCACGAAAGGUAUGGGCCUACUGUUUAAAUCGUAAGGAUCAAGUGUUUGAUCGAUUCAAAUCAUUUCAUGCCAUGGUAGAAAGAGAAACAAGGAAGAAGCUAAAGUGUCUGCGUUCAGACAAUGGAGGAGAGUACACUUCUCGAGAAUUCUCAGCAUAUUGUGCCGCAUAUGGAAUCAGACAUGAGAAGACGGUUCCACGAACUCCGCAACACAAUGGUGUAGCCGAAAGAAUGAAUCGGACCAUUAUGGAGAAAGUUCGUUGCAUGUUGAGUCUGGCUAAGCUACCUAAGCCAUUUUGGGGUGAAGCUGUGCUGACAGCUUGUUAUCUUAUAAACAGGUCACCUUCUGUUCCUUUAAUCUUUGAAGUGCCAGAGAAGAAAUGGUCAGGAAGAGAUGUUUCUUACUCUCACUUGAAAGUGUUCGGGUGCAAGGCAUUUGCACAUGUGACCAAGGAGUUGAGACAGAAGCUUGAUCUCAAGUCAAACCCAUGUAUCUUCAUCGGCUAUGGAGAUGAAGAAUUCAGAUACCGGUUGUGGGAUCCCAAAGUGAAGAAAGUUAUUCGAAGCAGAGAUGUUGUAUUUCAUGAAAACGAGUUUCAUGGGUGUGCUCCAAUAAUCCGCCAACAACAUACUCCAGAAGACGAAGUGCCUGUAUCAUCAAACAUUCCUCUCAGCAACGAGGAGAUGCAUGAUUCUACUGAACACGAGAGUGAUGGUUCAGCAGGUGAUGAUGAUACUCACAGUGAUGAUAUUCCUCAGCAGGGGGAGCCUUCAUCUGAAGACGAAUCUGAAGGUAUUCAUGUUCGACGUUCUAUGUGAGGCAUAGUUCCACAAAGAAAAUACUCCACAUCCGAAUGGAUACUUGUUGCCAGCGAGGGGGAGCCAGCGAGCACCGCAGGAACGAGAGAAAUAAAGAAAAAGGUGGAGGGGGGAGAUUUGUAGGUAUCUUCCACCUUCUUUCUUGGAAGUUGCCAAGAGACACCUUAACAUGGAGGCACCUUCUUGGAAAGAGCUCUCCAACAAAUAGGUGUGGGAGAAGAUAUGGAGAUAACUAGGAAGCUUGGAUGCAACUUCCUCAUAUCUCCAAACCAGCCCUAUAAAUAGAGUGCUCCAUUGUUGUUCAUAGUAUCAGUUUAGAAAGUGAGAAAAGUGUGUGAAGAGUGAAAUACACUUAGUGUAGAAGUGUAUUGGUGAGGAUUGUUUUUUUGUAAUAGUUGAGUGUGAGAGUUUGCUCCUCCUAUUGUAAUUCUGUUCUUGAUAUUGAAUAGAAGAAUUUUCCAAUCCCAACAUAAACGAGCUUCCAG